AAUCCUUCCCAGAUCGAGAAGCAUGACGCCCAGCAUUGGCAUACUGCCCAGAUGUUGUCUGUCGAUCGAUGCGCGUACGUGGCAGGCCAGAGCCUCCGAGUUCCGAAAAAUCCCCAGAUGAGGUGGUAUGCGGGGACCGUCUCCACAUGCCGUCCAGAGGUGUGGAACCUGGCCCUUCAUGUGAUUUUCGAUAGUCAGGAAUUUGCGUCAAGGAAGCAAACCGUGGUUGCGUAGGAACCAGGAGGACAGGAGCACUUGGGAU